GAGUUUUGGAACAGCGCACGCUGCUCUGCGGCGCGGUUGACAUUUCGUACAAGGCUUGUUCAAUGUCCCGGUCAGGUGUAAAAGAAGUUUUCCUCGCCAAACCGUCUUCUACAACCACGAUCUACAGGUCACCAUCCUUCCCAGCUCCAUACGUGUAAUCUCGCACCCACAGCUCGGCAAUCUCGCAUUAAAACUCAAGGAUUCUGUUCAAGCAUAGCACUCGAGACGGAGAGUCCAUCACCAACGCACCACCCUCUCUGAAAACACCAAGACUGUCGAACCACAACAAUGUCGUACGGUACUCUCAACUGCACCAAUGGUGGCGGCAUCGGCACCAAUAUCAUCGCAAAUCAGACCGGUUCUCGAUACUGCGGUCUAUUUUCAGACAGGACGGUAAUUGAGCAAUGCUGCGAUGGCAGCGAAAUCUUGUCAAGUUCCUGUGAGGUGUACUGCGCCUACACAGGUACAAUUCGAAAUUGGAUCCAAUGCGUAUCAGGAAACUCUUCAGACUCGACACCACGCCCUGAUGCCUUCUGCUUAAGCGGCACAUCUUCGAACCUGACCGAAUCAGUGAAAACAUCUUUUGGCUUCCGCACCAAAUCAGCGCCGAAGAUCGGAUGGGUGGUCCUAGGCUUGCUAUUCUCGUCAUUCUUAAUCGGACCAUGCUACGCAGCCAACGGUGACUGCAGUCUUCACGUCGAUCACACCUUCCCGCGCCUCGGCAGUUCUAAAAUCGUCUCCAAUCAUUUCGAAUGUGUAAGCUCGGAUGAAGGCUUCUGCGACUACUCACUCCCAAUCUCUACGCCAAGGAUGUCAAACAACAGAUCUCUCACCACGGAAACGGCGUUCUACUCGGCCGCUGCACCCGAGUUCGAUGGCAUUUUCGAGAAAAUCAGCAAUGCUACGAAUGGAAGGCAAUUUCCUGCUCUCAGUCAAUUGAAUAUUACGUAUGAGUUUGCUGUGGGUGAUGGCCAGAGUUUUAGCGUUGGGUGGACACCGUAUCUGUUCUGCGUGAAUGGUACUUUGACCAACUGCGGCGAUGUUCUGCCUGAUGAGCCAGGAUUGGGUGAUGAUAUGAUGGGAUUCGAGGCUUGUGGACCGUUGUUCGUGGAUGAUGAGAACUCGUACACGAACCCGAACGCCACGAUUAAUGGAGUUUUGAACCCGAUUUACACCGGUUAAUUACUCGGGCAGUCGAGCUGGACAGCCUGGACCGAUUGAUAGCUCAUAUGUAAAUGAAAUCUUUUGUGCGG